UAAUCAAGUUUAUUAUAUAAAUCAGUGAGGGAUCAUAUUAGUCACUAUUAUUUGAUGGGAGGUGAUCCAAUUACUAUCCGGUGACCCUAAAAACCCUAAUAAUAGGGUUCUAAAUAAAGAUCAAACUGAUCUCCCAUUUAUACAUCCGAAAUCUCCUCGUUUUUAACUUAUUAUUACCAAACUCAAGAAACAUAUCUCGAAACCGACCUGUCUCACGUAGGAAAGUAAUGAAAGAAACCCUAGAAAUUCGAAAUUCUCCAGCAGCUCCAAUGAUUCUCAUCCUGACUUUCUUUCUUCAAAUUGUCCCAGUGUUUCUAUCUUACCUUAAAGAAAAGAGAGGAUCAUGGAAUGCGAAGGAGAUCGAAUUAAAACAACAAAUAAAAGAACUCUUGAAAGAGGCAGCUCCCUUGUCAAAUCCAUCAACUUUUGCUCAAGCUGCAUUACUUAGAAGGAAGGCAGCAGCAAAGGAGAAGGAACUUCAACAAUGUCAGGAGUUGCAUAAACAGAAGAAUCAUUACGACAUGUGUUUGAAAGCUCUCUCGGUUUUAAAGGUCAUUGCAUAUCCGCUACUCAUUCUAUGGUUUUGGAGAAAUCCUGUAGCUGUUGUCCCUCAGCAACUUGUACAACCUUUAGGGAGGAUAUUUUCUUGGAGAACUCUGGAUCCUGUGAGCAGCCACAUUAUGGUCGGCAUAAUACCCUGGUUAGUGAUAUCUAGCCGUGUCAGCAAGUUUAUUUGUCAGAAGAUCAUCAAGUAGGGGAGUGUAAUUUAUAAGCUGUACCAGUACGUUGCAGCAACAGGACAAAGGUUAAAAAUGCAUCCCCUUGGACUUGGAUUGAAGAUUUGAGGAGAUCAUUUGACUGUUAAAUGUAUAGGAUUGUGUACAACAGUACAAGUCUACAAGACAAAGGGAACAAGACUUUCUCUGUGAAAACUUCCUAUGUGGAUCUCAUUGGCAUAUUUGUACAACUCCGAUCCAAGUGAAAGAUCAUUGUAUAAUCAUCAUUUGUUAAUACUUUAAACAAGAGAAAUUCCAUCUGAUUAAUAUCCUAAUACAAUUAUUUGAACUUCAAAAUGAA